AUGGCUACUGUGGGUAACGACAAGUCAUUACGAACUAGUCGGUUGGAAAACACAAGGCCAAACGACGCCGAAGACCUCGACAGCGCCCUGUGUCGAAUUCAACUCGAUGUUGACCGUGUCAAUGCGCUUGCAGAGACGCUGUGGCCAUCGACCUCGGAGACGGGCCAGGCUCCAUUCGUCAGCAUUCAUCUGGAAGACAGCGAUACAAUCUGCUACGAGCCUCUCAAUGAGGAAAUCCACUCCCGGUUCAUGAGCAGCAUCAAAGACUGCGUCCAAUGGGGCCUGACUAAGGGCGGCGAGGCCAACAAACCCAGUCGUUCGCGCAGAAACAGUAUUGCCUAUCCAAAGCCGAGCAGAGGCCACCAGGCGGACAAGACCCACCAAGUGUCUCCGGAUGUGUUGCCUGUGCUGGGUGUAUCAUCAGCGGCACCCCCGACCCACCUUGCGAAGCGGCCGAGACAAGCCUCGCUCAUGCUUCCCAAGAUUGCCGGCUACGUUGACGAGGCCGUGCCUUACCCGCCUGCAAUCCCGACAUUGCACAAUCCCGUCCAUCUUCCACAAAUACAAGCCAGCCAAGGUCCGUCCAGCGCCAUCGAGCACCCAACAAGCUCGACCAAACCCGUAGACACCGGCCAGCGAUCGACCCGGACCAAACUCGUCCGAUUCCAACUCGAUGCCCACAAGACAUCUACAUCCGAGUCAUCCAAGCCAUCACAGCAACGCAUCAGCGUCGUGCUCCAUCGGCCCAACUCUUCUACAGAAGCUGAAGAGCAGCACAAAUGGCUUUGGAAGAGUCCGGACGACCUCGAGCACCUGACCCACUUGCUUCAGAGAUCGCCAUUUGAGCGCACAUCGACCGACAUCCACACGAUCGCCCGGCUGCUCAAACCUGUGCCAAUCUUUCAAAACUAUCCGGAGAAGCAGCUGCUGUUAUUGGCAGCAAUGGCCCGGUACCAGGAGUGUCCGCCAGGAACACUGAUCUUCAAAGAAGGAGCCCAGGGAGACCACUGGUACGUUGUUCUAGAGGGCGAACUGGAUGUCAUCAAGACUCUGGCGCUGGCUCGGACAAAGUCGUUUCGGGCAACAAUGAAUGUGGAGCCAAACCUCGAGUUUCUUCCGUAUUCGAGCAACCUGCUGUCGCAAAUGGUGGACGGAAGCCGAUCCCAGUCCAGCAACUAUGAAGGAACUCGGAUCAUCAAGAAGCUGGAGCGACGAAUCGGCACGGUCAAGGCGGGUGAGGGCUUUGGGGAGCUCGCUAUCUUGAAGAACCAGAAGCGCAUGGCGUCCGUUCUCAGCCGCACCGACUGUAAACUUGUGGUUGUGGACAGCGUCACAUACAAGCGAUCGAUCCGCGCCAUCCACGAAGAGGUUCCGUUCAUGAACGCCAUACCGUACAAGGAGCGCGAGAACAUUUGCUCGACACUGGGAACGCUCCUGGUGGUCCGCGAAUACCUGCCGCGGAUGCUCGUAGUUGCCGAGGGGUCGAUUGUGAGCGAGCUUGGCUUCAUCAUCUCGGGGACAUGCGAAAUCCUCAAGACGCUGACGCACCAGGGCGUGACCAAGAAGUAUGUGAUUGGCAAGCUGGGGCCUGGAGAGUACUUUGGCGAGGGCCCCGUCGUUUCACGCUUCCUCGGGGACAUAUACUCCAAGGUCGAAAUCCGGUCCAUGGCUCGGGUCGAGAUUGGGUAUCUGUUUGCGUACACGGCAAAGGUGUUCUUGGCGAACCAUAUUCCGGCGACCGAGUGGUUUGAUUUGGACGAGAAGCAUGGGCUGGCCAAGUACAUGGCGUUUAUGGAACGGGUCCACUGGGACCGGUUCAAGAAGAGCUGCCUGGACAAGUACGUGCGUGAAAAGUACCAGGAUCCAACUGUCGACUACCAGCAGUUCCAGCACAUGGCUGGUUUGUGGCCAAAGCACCAUCGAUUUCGGAAUAUAUAG